UAGGAAUCCUGUACAAUACAAUUUGGCAUUCUCACACGAAAAUCAUGGAAAUGCAUUUAGUUGUAUUUUCUGUUUUCUUAGCUGCAAUACUAGUUAACAGUGUUAAUGGCCAGUGUACUAGUGAUGCUGAUUGUCUCUUUGCACAAGAAGGGACCCAAUGUACUAAUCCAGGACCAACGGGAACAUGUGGAUGUAACCCUGCAACAAACAGCCAAUGUACAGAUAACUCAGCUGGAAAUACAUGCAAUAUCAAUGCUUGCAAGUGUGGCACAUGUUUGACUAAUAACAGGGGUGAUGUAUGUUUGGAACCCCAGGAAAGGUGUGGUUGUAACACUAUUCUCGAAUGCAUUAACAGUGGAUUUGGUGUUGUCUGUUUAGGUGGCACCAAUGAAUGUGGUUGUAAUACUGGUGCAGACUGUACUGGCAAAAAUGGUCCUGUGUGUGACAAUUCCCAGUGUAAAUGCCUGUCUAACGCAGACUGUACUGCACAUCCUUUUGGGGAUACAUGCAAAGAUGGAAAAUGCGGUUGUGACUCGUCAGCAAAUUGCGCAGGAGGGGAGGACUGCAAGAAUGGAAUUUGUGAGAUCUGUGUGAAUGAUGAUGGUUGUACCACUGGUGGCAAUGUCAUAUUGAUAGAUGAGAAGGGGCCAGUGUGUAUUUCGAGCAAAUGCGGAUGUACACUGAACUCUCAAUGUGACUACCCAGAUAGCCUGGGUGCACAGUGCUUGUCUGGCAAAUGUGGUUGUGCGACUAAUGCAGAUUGCACCAAUAAUGACAAUGGGGCCACCUGUAUAAGUGGAGCGUGUGGUUGCAAUGUUGACGCAGAUUGUGGUGUAUCCUUCAAUGGCCUCACUUGUGUCAAUAACAAAUGUGGUUGUAACAGAGACAAAAAUCGUGCUGAAUGUAAUCUUGUCAAGGGAGGUUACAAAUGUAUGAAUAGUCGAUGCGGUUGUGAGAGGAAUAAGCACUGUGAGGAUAUAACUGAUCCUCUGCCAUAUUGUCAUCUAGGGGAAUGUGUGGAAUGUUUAAACGAUCAUACAUGUCGUCAGAAUGCGAAUGGACCAGUUUGCAGCACAACUACAUUUACUUGUGGAUGUUCUACAAAUGCUGAUUGUGAGGGAGCAAAGGGUCGCGGCUCAAAUGGACCAGUAUGUACUGCUGGGAAAUGUGUAUGCAACACCAAUAGUGACUGCAGUAAUACAAAUCAGUUUCCCAAUUACAGAGGUGCUGUAUGCAGUGGAGGUGCAUGUGGCUGUACUACUGACAGUGACUGUGACAUCCAGAGAUAUGGUUUCAAAUGUGUCAACUCAGUAUGUGGUUGUACUACAUCAGGUGAUUGCUCAAGUGGUUCUAAUUCUGCAGCCAGGGGAUCUUUCUGUGCCAUUGAUAAAUGUGGAUGCUUCAUAAACCUCUUUAAUCAGUUACCAGAUAGUUUUUUCUGCAAUGAUGGCAAUACUGGAGAUGGCAGAGUUUGUAACAGUGACUUAGUUUGUGGCUGUGUAGCGAAUACUGACUGUACAACAAACGCGAUAACUGGUAUUCCAGAGACAUGCAGAUCAAGCAUGUGUGUUGUCGGGGACCCCCAUGUCAGAUGUGGAAUGGAAGGCACUGAUUCAUUGCUCUGUAUCGAGGCAUUUGGGACUCCUGGAAAAACCUAUGAAUUCUUCACUGACAAUGACACUGGCACUGUUGUAACUGCCAAAUUUAUGACUAAGGAUGAGGCGAUGAAGUUAGACAAAGAGACUAAAGGUGUAAAUGGUGAGGAAUUGGUGAAAUUCCUAGAUCAAGUCACUGUAAGUCACAGGGGAAAAGACAACUUUAAAGAAUUGGUGGCAAAUCUUAAUCAUGUAGUUAUACAUGGUCACCCAUUGGAAUGGCCUGAAAAUUUGGAGGACAAUCUUAGGUUUUAUCUGGAUACAGAACCAUUGGUUAGAGUGAGGAUUAAUGGCUAUGGAGUAGCUGAAGUUAAGGUUGGGAAGAUCCUAACGGUCUUCAUCAAGAAAACAAAGAAACACCAUCUUGAUGUGAAAAUAUCAGAUAUUGGAGGUCGCCAAACAUCUGGAUUUCUAUCCUACAUGUGCUCUGGAAAAUUUAAUGAGACAGUGAGCUCGGGACAACAUCAUGGUCUCUAUUCAGUUCCUUCCACUGAUAAGAAUGGCAUGGUAUCUCUCAAUGAUGGCCAACAUUUCAAGGUUAAAAAGUCUGGUGAAAUUGAUGAAGCUUCAGGGAAAGACUGCUUCAAACCAGACAUGACAGACAGGGAGUUCUUUGAGAAGUCCCUUGCAAAAUUUGUGGUUAAAUAACUUAAAAUACUUCAGACUUCAGACUCACUAUUUUGUGUGGAUUUUCAUUACAAUGGACUGAUUUGGUUUAAUCCAUGUUACAUGUACACUCAUUGUGGCCUAAAAUAAAGAAUUUGCUAACUUUUAA